AUGAACGCUUCGUGCUGCCUACUGUCUGCUCAGCCAACGCUGCCCAACAGCUCGGAGCACCUCGCAGCCGCGUCCUUCGGCAACCAGAGCGGCAGCGGCUUCUGCGAGCAGGUCUUCAUCAAGCCCGAAGUCUUCCUGGCGCUGGGCAUCGUCAGCCUGCUGGAAAACAUCCUGGUCAUCCUGGCCGUGGCCAGGAACGGCAACCUGCACUCCCCCAUGUACUUCUUCCUCUGCAGCCUGGCGGUGGCCGACAUGCUGGUGAGCGUGUCCAACGCCCUGGAGACCGUCAUGAUCGCCAUCGUCAACAGCAACUACCUGACCUUUGAGGACCGGUUCGUCCAGCACAUGGACAACGUCUUCGACUCCAUGAUCUGCAUCUCCCUGGUGGCCUCCAUCUGCAACCUCCUGGCCAUCGCCGUGGACAGGUACGUCACCAUCUUCUACGCGCUGCGCUACCACAGCAUCAUGACCGUGCGCAAGGCCCUGGCCUGGAUCGUGGCCAUCUGGGUGUGCUGCGGCGUCUGUGGCGUGGUGUUCAUCGUCUACUCCGAGAGCAAGAUGGUCAUCGUGUGCCUCAUCACCAUGUUCUUCGCCAUGCUGCUCCUCAUGGGCACCCUCUACGUGCACAUGUUCCUCUUCGCCCGGCUGCACGUCCAGCGCAUCGCGGCGCUGCCACCUGCCGACGGGGUGGCCCCGCAGCAGCACUCGUGCAUGAAGGGGGCUGUCACCAUCACCAUCCUGCUGGGGGUAUUCAUCUUCUGCUGGGCCCCCUUCUUCCUGCACCUCGUCCUCAUCAUAACCUGCCCCACCAACCCCUACUGCGUCUGCUACACUGCCCACUUCAACACCUACCUGGUCCUCAUCAUGUGCAACUCCAUCAUCGACCCCCUCAUCUACGCCUUCCGGAGCCUAGAGCUACGUAACACCUUCAAGGAGAUCCUCUGCAGCUGCAACGGCAUGAACCUGGGGUAG